AUGGGGUUUAGGGUUUGGAUAGGUUUCUUUGUAAUUGUUUUCGGUCUAGUUCUGGCCUGUACAAUCUCGGCUUCGGAAAGCGAAGAGUCCCAAUCGAAGGAUUUCGUACUCACUUUAGAUCAUUCGAAUUUCUCUGAAACUAUUGGGAAGCACAAUUUCGUCGUGGUCGAGUUCUACGCUCCAUGGUGUGGUCACUGCAAGAAACUUGCUCCCGAGUAUGAGAAAGCUGCAUCUACAUUGAGUAGUCAUGAUCCUCCUGUUAUUCUGGCAAAGGUAGAUGCCAAUGAAGAGAAAAACAAAGGUCUUGCAAGUGAAUAUGAGAUUAAAGGUUUCCCCACAAUUAAGAUCAUCAGAAAUGGAGGGAAGAAUAUUCAAGAUUUCAAAGGUCCUCGUGAUGCAGAUGGUAUUGUUGAUUAUUUGAAAAAACAAAGUGGGCCUGCAUCUGUGGAGUUGAAAUCUGUGGAAGAUGCCAGUGGUCUUAUUGAUGACAAAAAAGUUGUUAUUGUUGGAAUAUUCCCAGAAUUCUCUGGAGAGAAGUUUGAAAAUUAUACAGCCCUUGCUGAGAAAUUGCGUUCUGACUACGAGUUUGGUCAUACUCUGGAUGCAAAACUUCUACCGCUUGGGGACUCAUCUGUGUCUGGGCCUACAGUUAGGCUGUUCAAACCAUUUGAUGAACGUUUUCUAGAUUGCCAGGAUUUCGAUGUGGAUGCUUUAGAGAAGUUUGUUGAAGAAGGGAGUAUUCCUGUUGUUACUAUCUUUAACAAAGACCCUAGCAACCAUCCCUUUAUCAUCAAAUUCUUCAACAGCCCUGAUGCAAAGGCCAUGUUGUUUCUAAACUUCGGCAGUGAGCUUGUUGAUACCUUCAAAUCAAAAUAUCAUGAAGUUGCUGAGCAGUACAAAGGAAAGGGCGUAAAUUUUCUGAUGGGUGAUGUUGAGGCUAGUCAAGGUGCUUUCCAGUAUUUUGGACUUAAAGACGACCAGGUGCCUCUCAUCAUUAUUCAGACCAAUGAUGGCCAGAAGUAUCUCAAACCAAAUAUAGAGCCUGAUCAUAUUGCAUCAUGGGUGAAAGAAUACAUGGAUGGCAACGUGCCACCAUUCAAAAAGUCUGAGCCUAUACCUGAGACCAACACGGAACCUGUUAAGGUGGUGGUCGCUGACAGCCUUCAGGACAUGGUUUUAAGCUCUGGGAAAAAUGUUCUAUUAGAAUUUUAUGCUCCUUGGUGUGGACACUGCAAGAAGUUGGCUCCAAUCUUGGACGACGUUGCUGUUUCUUUUGAAAAUGAUGACGAUGUUUUGAUUGCCAAAAUUGAUGCUACUGCAAAUGAUAUUCCAACUGGAACUUUUGACGUCAAAGGUUAUCCAACUUUGUACUUCAAGUCAGCAAGUGGAAAUCUGUCGCAGUAUGAAGGGGACAGGACCAAGGAGGAUAUCAUUGAUUUUAUUCAAAAGAACCGGGAUAAAACUGCCCAGCAAGAAUCCAAGAAAGACGAGCUUUAAUGGAGGGAGGGAGCACUAGCUCAGUCUUGAAGAUGAUGUGGGGUGCGAGCACUAUGGGAGACAUUUGGCGGCUUUUACCUGAAAAUGUUAGCAAGAAAACAAGCGCUGAUCUUUCUUCAUCUUAUCCUCCUCAUUCCCUUCUCUUGUUGAGUUUUAUUUGGGGUUCUAUAACUUUAUAAAGUUUAGGAGGUUCUUUUGGAAUGUGUAGGUGCCCUAAAUUUCAGUUUGGGGUGUAGUAUAUAGUUCACAAUCGAACAAUUUUGGGGCUAUAAAAAUUGUCUUACAUUUAGUUAAAAUGCCUGUUCUGAGAAAAGAUGCUCUCUCUCU